UUGCACAGCUAGCUGUAACCGGCUAGCGAGCCUGUUGACGACUCGAGUUGACACCCUCCCCAAACCUCGGCAGCAGCUAAGCUGCACAGUCGACAUGGCAAGAAAAUAUCGCAACAAUUUUCUAAAGAAAGAUGAAAAUCUUCCAAGUCUUUUGGAAUGAUAUUCAUCACGCGAUGUGAUACAAAAUCCACAAUGUGUGAGGACAUUUAAGAACAAUUGAGUUCGGAAGAAAAAUUCUUGAUUCCAGUGGAAUCUUUCAUAUAUUAUUAUUAGUUUUUUUUUUCUCUCUGUGUUAAAGCUUAAAUACAUUUACACCCACUCGUCCCAUCAACAUACAACCAUGCCAGUGCAAGCACCACAAUGGACAGAGUUCCUGCUGUGCCCCAUCUGCACACAGACAUUUGAGGAGACUGUUCGUAGGCCCAUCAGCUUGGGCUGUGGACAUACUGUCUGCAAGAUGUGCCUGAACAAGUUGCACCGUAAGGCCUGUCCCUUUGACCAGACGGCCAUCAGCACAGACAUUGAGCACCUACCUGUCAACACAGCCCUGUUGCAGCUGGUGGGAGGCCAGGUUCCUAAGGCUCAGCCAGUUGCCUUGAUUACCAGUCCAGAGGACUCGCAGCAUUAUGAGGAGGCCCGGCAGUGUGUGGAGGAGCUGGCCCUCUACCUCAAACCUCUCAGCAACACCAGAGGUGUGGGCCUGAGCAGCACGGCCCAGAGCAUGCUGAGUCGACCCAUGCAGAGGAAACUGGUAACUCUGGUCCACUGUCAGCUGGUUGAGGAGGAGGGUCGCGUUAGAGCCAUGAGAGCUGCCCGCUCUCUGGGGGAGCGAACCGUCACCGAACUCAUCUUGCAGCAUCAGAAUCCACAGCAGCUCUCCUCCAAUCUGUGGGCUGCUGUGCGUGCACGAGGAUGUCAGUUUCUCGGCCCAGCCAUGCAGGAGGAAGCGCUAAAGUUGGUUCUUCUUGCUCUAGAGGAUGGCUCUGCUCUGUCCAGGAAGGUGUUGGUUCUCUUUGUGGUCCAGAGACUUGAGCCACGCUUCCCGCAAGCGUCUAAGACCAGCAUAGGCCAUGUGGUGCAGCUCCUCUACAGGGCCUCCUGCUUCAAGGUGACCAAACGUGAUGAAGAUUCAUCUCUGAUGCAGCUGAAAGAGGAGUUCCGUACUUACGAGGCUCUGCGGCGCGAGCAUGACUCUCAGAUAGUUCAGAUUGCCAUGGAGGGUGGGCUGCGCAUUGCACCUGACCAGUGGUCUUCUCUGUUAUAUGGAGAUCAAUCUCACAAGUCACACAUGCAGUCUAUCAUAGAUAAGCUGCAGACCCCGGCGUCUUUUGCUCAGAGUGUCCAGGAGCUGACGAUUGCCCUGCAGAGGACCGGAGACCCAGCCAACCUUAACAGACUGCGUCCCCACCUGGAGCUAUUAGCCAACAUUGAUCCCAGUCCUGAUGCCCCCCCUCCCACAUGGGAGCAGCUUGAUAAAGGGUUGGUAGCAGUGAAAACAGUGGUGCAUGGCCUGGUGGACUUCAUCCAGAACCACAGCAAGAAAGGAGCUGACCCUCAACAGCCUCCUCAGCACAGCAAGUAUAAGACAUACAUGUGUCGUGACAUGAAGCAGAAGGGAGGCUGUCCUCGAGGAGCCAGUUGCACCUUUGCUCAUUCUCAGGAAGAACUGGAAAAGUAUCGUAAAAUGAAUAAGCGCCUGGCAGCUCGCCUCCCUGGCUCAGGAGGGCUCAUGCCAGAUGAGGGCCUCCCUCUCGAUGUAGCAGUGACCCGAAAGCCUUCACCCCUUACCAACGGUAGUGGUGGACACUCUUUGCCCCAGCUCAUUGCCCGUGGCACUGACACAGUCCCAUAUGAACUGUUGCGUAAACCCAUGAAAAUGGAUGGAGGGAGUCACAGUGCCCCAGGAUCCCCACCUGAUGGCAUGGACCCUGGGCUACCCAAACCUGGUAUGCCUCUGCCACCUCAUGCCAUGGCCCACCAAAGGAUGCCAGUAGACCACCUCUCUGGGGUGAAGCACAUGCCUGUGGUAGCCAGAGGUUCACCAGUGUAUACCCAGCCGCCGCACCCUGAGAUGUGCUAUGACACCCGCCCACCACCUUCUGCUUCUCAGUAUGACCCCCCACAAUACUCCACAGGGUACCCCUACCAACAGCCACAACAGUAUGUCCCCCGGGAUUACAUGCGUAACCCUCCUCCCCCCAGUGAGUCAGGACCCCCUUACCAGGACUCCUACCCUGGCUACGGUCCACCAGAUCGCCCCUACCAGGCCUCUCACUCUGGUCCACCUUUCUCUUACCCUCAUCCUCCACACCAUGACCGAGGUCGCCACGGGUCCUACACCGGCCCACCACCUCCACCACAGCCUUACCCAUCUCAGAGGGAUGGCCUGGUCAGAAUGAGUCCCGCACCUCUGGAUAUGCCCCCCCCAUCAUCAGGACAGGCUAACUCCCUUUAUCACCAGGAGCCCAGUGCCCGUGAUAGAUACCCUCCAGAUGGCUAUUAUACACAGAAUGCCCAGCCGCCACCCAUGAGGGCCUAUGGCAGGGGGCCAUCAUAUAGUGGUUCACAGCCCAGCCUGGACUACCUGCACCGACGUCGGCAGGAGCUGUUAUCCCAGCUGGAGGAAAGGAAGGUCAUCUCCCCUCCACCAUUUGCUGCCUCCCCCACUCUUUCUCAUCCCUUUCCCAGCGACUACCCUCCAGAGUAUGGCGAGGAGAGCUCCAAAAACAUGGUGAAAUGCAGAGAGCCUGACUAUGCAGGGCAGUACUCUCCCUGGUCUUGUGAAACCAUUGGCUCCUACAUUGGUACAAAGGAUGCCAAACCCAAAGACGUUAUGGUUCCUGGUACCAUGGACAUGAUGAAUGCGGAGGCUAAGGGUCUGAGGGAACCAUCGCUGGAGGCUCCUCGGAGGGGUGCAGAAGUCAAAGAUGAUGACCCUAUUAUCCCAUUUGGCCCCCAGCCUACUGUGUCGCGCUUCGGGGCCAUUUCCCGCACUUCAAAGAUGGGCUACCAGACCACAGGCCCUGUGCAGGCUAUGGUCUCCACGCCUCAGAACCCAAGCUCUAAACAAAUGGCCAUGUCAGCAGAAUACACAUAUGGGAGCCAUGGAUGGGGUGGAGCUUCAUACCCCUCCCACCAGACUGCCUCCUCCUCUCAGGGACAUUUCAGUGAGCGCCUACCUAUGGCAGCCACAGACAGAGAACAGUUGAAGAUUGAGCUGCAACAGGUCAACCAGCAGAUCAACCAACAGACCCAAAUGCGAAGCAUGGAGGCUGCCAGUAACUCUUUACUGCUGCAGAGGGAGGCCAGUGCAUUGGCAGGCCAGCCUGGGCAGCCCGGCCAGGGCCAGGUGUCAGUAGCUCAGCAGCAGGCCAAGUGGCCGGCAGGGGGAGCAACAACAGCUGUCUCCAGCGAACAGCUGAGCAUGGAGCUCCACCAGGUGGAGAGAGAGAUUGGCAAGAGGACCCGUGAGAUGGCUUUGCAGGAAAACCAAGUAGCCCAUGAGGUUCAGCAGUACAAGAUGAAAACAGCAGAGAAUGGACAACCAGAGCACAAAACUCAGCUGGAAGAAAUCUCCCUGGCUCUUGGCGAGGUGUCAAAUGGCUCCAGCAGUCUGCAAGAAAGUGCAGUGGGCGGGUCCAUGCUGUCACUGACCAAUAAGACGUCUGCAAUGAGCCAGUGCUCUGAUCCAGGUGCCACUGGGUCAGAGAUGCAGAAGAAUGGCGUCGUCCAUUCCUGCUCUUAGACAGUACACACUUACACACACACACACACACACAUAUACACACACACACACACACUCAAGAUGCUCAAUUGAAAAGCAUGCACAGGCGCAUAUACACCCAUUCUAUUUAGAAGAUGAGCAGUAUCUGCCGUGAUAUGAAUUUUCUUUCUUUUUGUUCUGUGAAUGAGCUUUUUUAAAUGACUUUCCUUGCCUGGAAACCAGAGCAUAUGAUAACAUUUCUUGUGUGUGUUUAAUUAUUUUCUUUUUUUGUACUGGGAUUACAGAUUAACAAGGCUCACAAUAGAUGUAUCAGGAAGAGACAAUGGUGGUGAUGUUGACAGUAAUACCGGUAAUUUUGUUCAAAAAGGAUAGGCUUAUUUAAUCCUUAAUAAACACAAAAAACAUUUUUGAUCGAUCCUCUCCAGAUAUGAAUUGGUUUAGUUGUACCAGCAUACAUGGAGAUGAAGGGUUAGAUACAGAGGAGCAGAUUAAAAAGCACUUUCACAUGCACUCUGAGGAACGUUUCUUGCAAUCUGGCGAUCUAUGAAGGUAUUGUAGGAAGCAGCAGAAGUGUGUCACUUGGUUCUCAACCCCAGAAUCGUAAAAAAA